UCCUAGCGGCCGGGGAGGCCACUGCGCUCCCCGCCCAGCUCAGAGGCCGAGGUCUGCGCCCCGCCGCCGGCGCGGGGAACAUUUCCCAGGGCACCCCGAGCUGCCCCUUUGUGGUUUCUUGGCAGGACCGCUAGCAAGACCUGGCGUGCCUAAGGGCCGGAGGGCGAUCCUGAGGAGGGGAAGGAUGCCGUCGGCGGUGGGGGGAGACCUGGCCGGGUCCGAGCUACGUUCCAGGAGGGGCCGCUGUGGGUCCCAGGCUGCUAGGGCCGCAGGCCCGGAGGGCACCGCCACGGUUGCAGCACGGAGCCCCAAACGGCCCGUCCCGGGCCCACGGCUUUUCGAGGGGGCCUGUCGCUGGGCCCUGCUGGCCCUGGUGACGCUGCUGUCCUUCGCCACCCGCUUCCACCGCCUGGACCAGCCGCCGCACGUCUGUUGGGAUGAGACUCACUUUGGAAAAAUGGGAAGUUAUUAUAUCAACCGUACCUUUUUCUUUGAUGUGCACCCACCUCUGGGAAAGAUGCUGAUAGGUCUUGCUGGCUACCUGAGUGGAUAUGAUGGGACCUUUAUGUUCCAGAAGCCUGGGGACAAAUACGAGCAUCACAACUACAUGGGGAUGAGAGGAUUCUGUGCGUUCCUCGGUUCCUUGCUGAUCCCCUUUGCCUACCUCACUGUACUGGAGCUGUCCAAGUCCCUCCCGGCAGCACUGCUCAGCGCUGCCCUCCUCAUCUUUGACACAGGAUGCCUCGCUCUGUCCCAGUACAUUCUCCUGGACCCUGUCCUGAUGUUCUUCAUCAUGGCCGCCAUGCUGAGCAUGGCCAAGCAUGGCUCCUGUGCUGGCAGGCCCUUCUCUGCCCCCUGGUGGUUCUGGCUCAGCCUGACUGGCGUUAAUCUGGCUGGUGCUUUGGGGGUCAAGUUCGUUGGCCUGUUCAUCGUCCUGCAUGUGGGGUGGAACACCGUAUCAGACCUUUGGCACCUGUUUGGAGACCUCAGUCUUUCAUUGGUGACCGUGGGGAAACACCUGGCUGCGCGCGUCCUGUGCCUCAUAGUGCUGCCGCUGGCUCUCUACGUGGCCAUUUACGCUGUUCACUUCGCGGUGCUGAAUCAAAGCGGUCCUGGUGAUGGCUUCUUCAGUUCUGCUUUCCAGGCCCGGCUCUUGGGAAACACCCUUCACAACGCUUCUAUCCCUGAGUACCUGGCCUUCGGCUCUGUGAUCACAGUGAAGAACCUGCGGAUGGCCAUUGGCUACCUCCACUCCCACAGACACCUCUACCCCGAGGGCAUUGGUGCCCGUCAGCAGCAGGUUACCACCUAUCUGCACAAGGACUACAACAACCUGUGGAUUAUCAAGAAACAGAAUGCAGACUCAGAUCCCCUAGACCCUUCAUUCCCAGUGGAGUUCGUAAGACAUGGAGACAUCAUUCGACUAGAACAUAAAGAGACUUCUCGGAACUUGCACAGUCACUAUCAUGAGGCCCCCCUGACCCGGAAGCACUACCAGGUCACUGGCUAUGGCAUAAAUGGAACAGGGGACUCAAAUGAUUUCUGGCGGAUUGAGGUUAUAAACAGAAAAUUUGGAAACCGGAUCAAAGUGCUGAGAAGUCAAAUUCGCUUAAUUCACCUGGUCACAGGCUGUGUCCUGGGUUCCUCGGGAAAGGUUCUGCCCAAGUGGGGCUGGGAGCAGUUGGAAGUUACUUGCACUCCAUACCUAAAGGAAACCCUCAACUCCAUCUGGAACGUGGAGGACCAUAUCAAUCCCAAAUUGCCGAACAUCAGCCUGGACGUGCUGCGGCCCAGUUUUCCUGAGAUCUUGCUGGAGUCCCACAUGGUGAUGAUACGGGGGAACAGUGGCCUCAAACCCAAGGACAAUGAAUUCACGUCCAAACCCUGGCACUGGCCUAUCAACUACCAGGGCCUGCGCUUCUCCGGAGUCAAUGACACGGACUUCCGUGUGUAUCUGCUCGGCAACCCGGUGGUUUGGUGGCUGAACCUGUUGAGCAUUGCCCUUUACCUCCUCUCAGGGAGCAUCAUUGCUGUCGCUGUGCAGAGAGGGGCACAUCUGCCUGCGGAGGUUGCAGGGCUGUCCCAGGUGCUGCUGCGAGGAGGUGGGCAGCUGCUGCUUGGCUGGGCGCUCCACUACUUCCCGUUCUUCCUGAUGGGCCGGGUCCUCUACUUCCACCACUACUUCCCAGCCAUGCUCUUCUCCAGCAUGCUGACAGGCGUUCUGUGGGACACUCUCCUUAGGCUCUGUGCCUGCAGCCUGGCUCCCUCUUCUCUGGCCAGUGUCGUCCAUGUCGGGGGAGUCCUGAGCCUGCUCCUGGGAAUUGCCUACAGCUUCUACCUCUUCCACCCUCUGGCUUACGGGAUGGUUGGUCCCCUAGCCCAGGAUCCCCAAAGUCCAAUGGCAGGACUAAGAUGGAUGGAAUCAUGGGACUUUUGAAGCUACUGCAAGGACUCUAGCCUCAGUCCAGGAACUUCCUGGGGGCAGCCAGCUGUGGUGCCAGUCCCUGUACCCUCCCAGCUGUGGACGAAGAUUCCCGAGGAUCCUGAGGAAUUCUGUCACCUGGCAGGACCAGACUCUAGGAGCAGACCUGGAAUUUAACUCAACACUAGAAAGAGCCCCGGCUCUGUCUGCAGAUUCAACCGCCUGGGAUGGCUCAGCACCAAGGAUGUCUCUUAGGCUGCUUCCUCACGUGUGCCACAUAAGGAAGGAUAAGUGUGCGAGAGAGUGGGUGGGAGUCCGGGAUUUAGGGCACAUUUGUCCAGAUACCGGUGGAAUAUAGACUGUGACUGCAGACAGCUGAGUGUCAUAAACUCUAAGAGAUAGUCCAGGGUUACAGUAGUAUUUUUUGAUAUUUUUUCACACUGGAUUUGGUUUGUAAGAGCCAGCAACAAUCCUCUGACCUCCAAGGGGGCUGAGAGCUCUGGCCCCACCUUGGACAUCAGCAACAGCAGAGCAGAUGAGACUGGCAGAGCUGUGCUACUCUCCUCACAAACAAGUAUGGCCAAGCACCCCUGAGCUAGAGGCCGGCCUCAGCUGCUUCCUGGCAUGGCUGCUGCUGGCUAGUCUCCUAGGUGGCAGCAGGUGGCUGGACUUCGUGCCUGCACUGUUCACAAAGCACUGGCUGCAGAGCCAGGCAGUUGAGGAUUCACCAGCCCUUGGCUGGCCUUCCUUGGCCCUUGGUUUCCUGCUUUCUGAGAAUGUCACACAAUGAGAUCGGUGUGAAGAAUGGUGUCCUACCCUUGGCUGCUCUGUGUUCCUGGGCCCUGGGGGCCAGAGGCGGUUUCUUGCUGCCCAUCCUUCCCUAUUCCUCCAGCUGGCAGCUGGGAGAGCCACUGUGCCCCUUAGUUAGCAGUCGAGGCAGAUGUGUGGCAGGGCAGGUGUCUAUAUGGUACUGGGCUGGGUUCUCAGUGUCACUCACUAAGUGUUCCUUAUUUUUACUUCUCAAGUCCUCCCCUGCUGAUACCUUCUUUCACUCCAUUUCAUUUCCCUUUCUCUGUAUCAUCAAUCUCUUUUCCCCCUAAGACCCGGAGUACCUAGAAAUGCAUUAAAGCUUCUCCUCUCUAUCACUUUGAAGCCCAAGCAGGAAGCUCAGAGCUGUUCCUUUCACUUCCUCCCCAAAUGAAAGGGAUUAAGAAAACCCUUGGGUCACAACUGAACCAACCCAGGACCAGCCUUCCGCCUGCCCCCCCUCCUUCCAGUGCAUGACAGAGUAUUUAUUUUGUCUCAGAGGACUGUGAUGCUUCAAGGCUAAUGUCGAAUCUGCCACACUCCAUCUUCCCUCCUCUGUAGCCCCUACCAACUCUGACAGGGUCAGAGCUCUUGAGAGCAUCUUUGGAGGCGGUUGCCACGGAGACUGGAAAUUGGUCCUGGGGACAGGCUGUGCUACCUACUGGGUGAUGGGGAGGGAAGCUUCUGGCCAUGCUUGGAUGUUCAGACCAACCAUCAUUAAUGUUAAUAGAGGAAAUACAGCAACAUCAAAAGCAAGGCAGGUUUGUUAAUUAGAUCUGGGGCCUGAUGACCUCCCUCUCCCAGGGCUACAGCCCUUUUGACUUCCCCCAGCAGGAAGCGCUGCCUGUAUGCUGAGUCUGGGCUGCUUGCUUAAUUGCAUUUCUGGAAGGGAAGGAGAACAGGAUGGAGAAACCUCUACUCACCCUUUCCACCCUACCUCUGCCUCCCCUCCUUCCCAUAGGUGGAGUUGGUAGCUUCUGAGCUGGGUGGGGGCAGCCAUCUGGGUGGGCUCUCCUGGAGGUAGAAUGCAGGAAUCUGUGCUUGGCUCCUAGCAAAGAACAAUGGCCCACAGUGACAACCAGGAGGUGGCUGAUGUUCCCUGUGCCUUGUAUUUCCUAAUAGGAACUUGUUGGAGGGGAGGAGCUCUGAAGGAGCCAGAGGGCAGCCACUCUGAGUGCGGGUGAGGAAGGAGGAACCUCAGGCAACUCCCUGCCCAUCUCUCCUGCUAAUUUGGCUACAUUGGGGCCAAAGGGUUCCUCUGUCUCUUCCACUGCUUUCCAAGGAUGGGAGAAGGAGACUUGUCUGCUCACUCCCUCUUCUCCUUGCCCAGACUGGUAGAUGCUUCUCUGGGGACAAGGCCACUGGCUUGAUGCAGCUUCAAGUGCUUAGAAGUUCUGUUGUUGGAACAUGCUGGGGAGAGGGGCUCCUGGGUGGUGCUUUGAAUGUGGCCUCCAGCCCCCAGGAAUUGUCAGAAAUGUGACAAAUCCUGCAAACUUGCGGGUGGAGGAGGAAGACAUUGUUAGUCAGCCCAAGCUCCAGCCAACUUCUUGAGCCACAUUUUAUAUAUAUAUAAAUAAAGUUUCCACAGAUAAUUGGAGGCCACUGACUUUUGUAAUAAAUGGCUCUUAUUUUGAAUGCCAUUGUUCUUGUUGUACCUAAUUGAAUCUGACUCGCCCUCAGGCUCCCGGAAAGAGAAGAAUGUUUUGCGUGCAAGAACCA